UGAAGAAGGAGAGUGGUUUGCGCUCUCUGCGCAGGUACCUGCGCAUGUGACAACAGAGACAGAGUGAAUGGUGGUCUUUCUCUGUGUCAUAGCUCUGUGAAUUACUCUUAAUUAAGAGUAAAAUGCCUCCAAAGGGUAAAGGUGGUAAAAGUGAGAAAGGAGCAGCUGCAAAAAGCGCAGACGUGGAUAAGAAAGACAAAGCAGCCAAAGGAGGCACCGCUGUGAAGGUCCGACACAUCCUUUGUGAAAAACAUGGGAAAUGUAUGGAGGCGAUGGAGAAGCUGAAAGCCGGCGUCCGUUUCAGUGAAGUGGCAUCACAGUACAGUGAAGACAAAGCAAGACAAGGAGGUGAUCUGGGAUGGAUGACGCGUGGAUCGAUGGUUGGACCGUUCCAGGAUGCAGCAUUUGCCCUGGCUGUCAGCUCCAUGGAUAAACCUGUCUACACAGACCCUCCUGUCAAGACUAAGUUUGGCUACCACAUCAUUAUGGUUGAGGGGAAAAAGUGACUCAACGGUGGAUAUUGGAACACAGAUUCUGUAUUUUCAAAUUAUAUUUUCUGAUUUUCACCUCCCUACAUUUUGCUAAAUGUUAAAUAACGAUAACAAUUCAAAACAGAUGUUUGUAAUUAUUUUUUCCUCUGGGAAAUGUACAGACAACUCAUAAUUACCUGGGUUUUUCUUUUCAGUUUUGAUAAUGUUUGCGGAACUUAAACCACAAAUGGGCAAAUAAAUUAAUUUUCACUCA